AUGACAAAGCCGGAGCUAAUAGAGGAUCGAACACUUACCGAAUACGACAUUGAAAAAGAUUCGACGCUUUAUUUAGCUCUUCGUCUUCUCCGUGACGCAAAGAAAUGUAAAAAGAAGACUUAUACCACUCCAAACAAGAUCAAGCAUAAGCGUAAAAAAGAUGCCUUAGACCAGAUGGCGAGACUAUUCUCCAUAAGCGUCAAUUAUCUUAGCCAACCACAUGUUCAGAAUCCAGCAGAAUUCAAGAAAGUGCAACAUGACUUGGUGACCGAUAUAUGUAGAAAAGCGAAACAAGUUGAAAUAUUGAUCGAUAAUUUGCCUGGGGCCACACGUACGGAGGAAGAACAACUUGAAUCUAUUAGCCAAUUGGAGAAGGAAUUGCAAGAAGCCAACGAAAACUGUCGAAAAGCAGUGCAGACCGCUGAAAUUUACUUGAGCAAACUACAGAAACGAUUGAUAUUAUAG